AUCAACCUUAAGUUUAGUAAAUUAAUCAAUGAAUCCUCGUUUUCACAUAAACAUAGGUUGUGGUAGCUGCAACAACCAUAACACCUAAAGAUACAAUUUUCGUCGCUCUCCGUUGUACAACCAACUUUUUAUCCCGUCCAUCUUCAAUUCCAAGACGUAUAUGUUUCAUAGCAAAAUUCACUUUCUAAUCCUCCUUCUGCAACUCCUUUUAUGCUACUUUGAUGAACCUUCUUUUGUCAACUUGCUCUCCAACUCCUCAAUCCUCUUUCUUGUAUUUGACCAACACAUCUUCCUCAGGGGAAGUUUUAAUAAGCUCGUAAAACCAACACUCAUCUUCAAUUCCAUCAAAUAUGUUGAUCGCAUCCUUCUUUGCAUUCACCUGAUCCAGUUGACUUCCACGCCCUUCAAUACCCUCUCCAUUUUCAUUAAUAUCCUCAUCAUCUACCACUUCUCUCUCUUCAACUGCUUUGGUUUUGCUUUCGUGUCUUUCAAUACCCUCAUUGGUUCGAUCACUACCUGACCAACUCCCUCUUCACUGCCUUCACUUGCUGCAAACUCCUGGCAUGAUUUUUAAUACACCUUCCUCAAAACCACAAUCAACUAACCAAUAUCAAUCCAUGAUCUUGGAUCAGUUUUAAACUAUUUAUGAACAUCUCAAUACCACUAAGUCUAACACAAAAUAUUCUUUCAGUUAAUCAUAAAGUUGAGUUUAUCAAAAUAUAAUCCACUGCUUCACUUAGCUAAAAUUCCCAUCCCCUAAGCUCAUUUUAGUUCAUUUGGUCCCAAAGAACCAUGAUAUUAUACCUCUAACUAAAAUAAAUCAAGGGGUCGUUUGGAUAGGUUAUUUGCGUGAGUUAUUUGGGCCCAAAUAACUCAUGUUGGGUUAUUUGAUUCAAAAUAACUCGUUUGGGUAUGCAAAAGUGUAAUUGGUUAUUUGGCCUUGAGUUAUUUACGAAUAACUCAAAACGAAUUAUUGUAAAUAACACCUAUCCAGCAGUUAUUUGACAAUAACACGUUCUGCGUAAAUUCCCUUCCAACUCUGCCCCUUUCUCUUUCUUCCUUUUCAGUUCUUCCCCCCUCUCUCAAAUGACUUCCAUCUUCACUCUUCUUCUCCUCUCUUCUGUAUUAUUCAAUAUAUCGCAGUCGAUUAACCCUCACUGUUGACUACUGUAUGUACGACAGAGAGCGAGGACGAGGUAGAUGGUGGUUGCAUGUAAGACGGACAGUGGCGACAAGGCUGGCGAUGGUGGAUGACGAAGGUGUAAGAGUUCUGAUUUGGGAAGAGUCCCAAUUUUCUUAUGAGCUGGGUUUCAAUUUGGGAAGAAGCACAAUUGGGGAUUUUGACGCUAAGUACGCAGCCGUGGUUGGAAUCAUUGGCGGCGAUGGAGGUUUCGAGCGACAGUUCGUAGGGGGCGAGAAUCAAGGAUCUUUGGAGAUGGAUGCGAGUACUAUUGUCCAAGCUGGAUUUUGAUUUUAGGACUGCAUUCAGAGCUUGGGGCAUAUUGACGAAUUGAGAAGAGAAGAGAAGCGAAGGCACCCUUUUUGUUUGGCGGCAGGGGCAGAUUGACGAAUUUGGAUUUGGCCUCCGUCCAUAGUAAGCUUCCUUAAUUGAUUUUUCCUGUAUUUAUUUGUCAAUUAAGUGGCUUUGGACACGUCGUUAACAAGAACAGAUAGGCUAAAUUCUCGCUGGUGGAAUGGUGGGAAGCUUUGCAUUCGUGGGUUCUUAUUUUCCUUGUUCUAGGCUCAGUUGAACAAGAACAGAGAAGUGGAGAAUGAGAAGAAUUCGAUGCAAGGCAGGAUGGGAAGUGGUUUCUUGUGGUUUCGUUGUUCUGGGGGUUUGUUAUGAAUGAACGAAUAAAUGGGGGCAGGGUACAUUUCUGUGAAUGAAUGAAAGCUAUGAGAGAGUAGAUGGUGCCCUCAAUUGAGGGCAAUAUUGUUAUUUAGUAUCUUUUAUCAUCAAAUACCACAUGGAAAUAUUGGUUUAGCCAAACAAGAUUAUUUAUCCCAACUUUCAUUCUAAUACCACAUCAACAACAAAUGAGUUAUUUCACCUUACAAAUACCACAAAAUCAAACAAUUCAUCCAAACGACCCCCAAAGCAUUUUACGAGAAGAAAUCGAACCAUGAACUUUACCUGCUACCAAAUCCAAACACAAUUUCUUCCUCCCGCCAUUUCCCUUCCCAAACUCAAUAUCAACUUCUACUCCAAGUUCAACACUCCAACUCUCAGAGUGUUGCAUGGAAGCUUAAUUUUAGCAAUCAUUAUGCUUGCAAUUAGAUUAAUGGACACCAAUAAGUGCCUGAAUGCCACCAGACGAUGAGUUGUCUUCACUUUGAGUUUUGUCAUAAAACUGCUGGCCCAAUAUGUUUAAUAGUUUGGAGGCCAUACAAUGAGCAAUAUUAAAUCUGUUGCAGCGAAGUUAUCGGUCACAACUAUGACAAUGUGAAACAUGUGUUAACAAACGCGAAUAUGGGCUACUUUUAUGGAUUGACAUUAUAACGAUGGAAUUGAACAAUGGGAUCGUCCUUAGUUAACCGACAUGUAAUUUGGUUCAUUUGAUCUGGAGGACACCACAUUUGACUCAUAAUAACCAUCACAAAUAAUAACUUUGGUUUGGAGGACACCAUAUUUGACUUAGAGGACAUAACAACUAUAUAAGACACAUACAUAGUAUUGAAAACCAAUCAUCAAUCUCAAACCUAAAACUAACAUAGUUGAAUAAAUGCAAGUUAAAUGAAAACGUGAGGUUGAACAUCUGAGCUAAUGAGUUGUAGCGAUAAUGAAAAAGAAAGCAUAUGAAAUGAGAAUGACUACUAAUUUCAUUUCUUAAUUUGAGAAAAUGAAAACGAAAGUUGAAGCGAAGCAUGUGAAAAGAAGAUUUACAAUUCUCUAACAACCAAUUAACAACCCUAUGCUCAACUGAAUACUCAGCGCAACUUACUUCUCUCAAAAACACUAUCAUAAUUUCAUUAUUAAAUAAAAUCAAAAUUAUUCAUAAGUUCAUGAUUAAUACCACCAUCAUUUAAUUUCAUGUCACUAUAAAAUGAAGCUGGUAACAACUAAUAAAAGCUAGGAAUAUAAACUUCAUAAUUCUUAUUGCAAUUGAUCUUGGUGAGUCCCAUCCGGGAACUAGAUUAUGAAGGUAAUGGAUGGCAUUGUUUUGGUUGUAUGGUAUUUUGAAUCAAAAUGUAGUAUAAUUUUAAUAGUAACAUUUCAUUUGGUGUUUCCGCUUCGAAUAUAGGAAUUGACUCUAA